AUGUCUUCCCUCGAUACUGAGGAUGCCCCCCAAGAACCCUCGCUCUCAUCCUCAAGCUCCAAGAAGAAAAAGAAGAAAAGAAAGCGGCCUCAGCAAGAGGCCACCAUCCCAGCCCUCACCAGGGCUGGCCACAGGGCCCUACUGGCUGGCCGGAACCAUGAGGCCUUGACCAGCUUCCAGAGGGCUUUCCUCCUGGCUUCCAGGUCACCACAAACCAGAGACACCCCUGUUCUCCGGGCCUGUGCCUUCAACCUGGGGGCUGCCUACGUGGAGACUGGGGACCCAGCCAGAGGCCUUGAGCUGCUCCUACGCGCUCAGCCUCAAGAGACGGCCCCGAGCGGGUGUCAUGGCGACCAGUGUUUCAAUGUGGCUUUGGCCUACCAUGCCCUGGGUGACCUGCCUCAAGCUUUGGCCUGGUACCACAAGGCCCUGUGCCACUACCAGCCACUAGGUGACCAGGGACAAGCCCAGGCAAAAAUGGGAGCCUGCUACCGGGCUCUGGGACAGCCUGGGCUAGCAGCCCACUGCCUGCGAGAAGCGAGCCGGGCCUAUGCCCAAGCGGGGCAGCCCCAGGCUUCAGCCCUGGCAUUAGGGGCUGCAGCAGGCUGUAUGCUGAAGAGCGGGCAGCAUGGGGUGAGUGAAGUCAUGCAGGUGCUGGAGGAAAGUCGGAGGCUUGCUGAGAGAAGCACUGAGCGGGGACUGCUGGGGCAGCUCUAUAACGAUCUAGGCCUGGGCUACUCCCAGCUCCAGCUGUUCCCGCUAGCGGUAGAGGCCUUCCUGCAAGCCCUGCCCCUGUGCCGGGAGCCAGGAGAGGAGGCCACGGUGCUAAGGAACCUUGGGAUGGCCCACAAUGCCCUCGGCAACUAUCAGGAAGCCCGGGAGUUCCACCAGAAGGCUGCCGACCUGCACGGCUCUGUGGGGCAGCGGAGGGAGCAGGGCUGGAGCUUUGGCAGCCUGGCAUUUGCAAUGAGCCAGCUGGGAGACCACAAGGCCGCCAGAGACAACUACCUACAUGCUCUACAGGCUGCCCGGGACGCUGGGGACGUGAAGGGGCAAUGGCAGGCCUGUGAGGGCCUGGGGGCUGCUGCAGCCAGACUGGGACAGCAUGACCAGGCUCUGAAGUACUAUAAGGAAGCGCUGGCCCGGUGUCCGAAGGAGUCAGAUUCUGUGCGAGAGCGGCUGGUGGCCAAGCUGACAGAUGCCAUAAGGACCCACUUGGCCCGGGGUGGGCUGCUUCCGACUCACACCCUGACCUCAGCUCCAGGGAGAUCCCUGGCUCCAGGUGGCGCCUGCCUGGUGGAAGGGACCCCAGCCAGGGUAGACAGGGGCACACCAGGAGUGCAGCAUAGAUCUGCCGGUGGGUGGGAAGAUGAGUUAGAGGAAGGCCGCGAGGAGAAGGAGGAAGAGUCAGCGAAUGUUCCCACGACAUCUUGGGCACCAAGGCUGGAGGGCCCAAGACCCAAGGCCCAUCUCUCAUUUGGAGGCCAAGGCCCCCUCAGAAUGGAGAACCCUGGCCUUCUGGUACCCAGCAGGCCCCGUGGCAAUAGGUCAUUCAGACAGCCCAGGAAACCUCCCGGCAGGAACCCUCAGAGGAGAUCCAUGGAGUCUGGCUUCUGCAUAAUCAUGUGACCAUCCCCUGUUGGUCACAGCAUGACCUCUGCAGUACCUACCCAACAUACACACCUCAGGGACUUCUGGGACUGAACCCCUUCCCCAUCGUUUCCGGUGAGCACUGCAUGGGCAUGGAAUACAAUGUCUGCAAGUGGGCCCCCGAGCAGGCUGGACGAGGGCUUGGCAGUCUCAGCACCAAGGCGUUCUGGGUGCUUCUCAUCAGGAUUUUUGGAUUCAAUAGGGAAUAGAAAAAAUGAAAACGGAUGGUAAAUUUCUCCCCUUUCUUUCUGGCAUCAAACUUCACAAUCUGGCCUUG